AUGGGCAAUACGUCUUUGCAACCACCUCCACAAUAUCAGACACCCACUCAGUUUCCCCUACGAAACCAUGCUAAUGAAGAUCGUACACCUGAAACUGAACAUGAUAGCAACACACAAUUCGAUGAGAGCGAAGAGGAAAGCGUACUAGAGACGCCGCAGUAUCCUCCACCAGUUCCCACACUAAAAUUCAACGAGGUUGCUGCACGAGCGACUCGAAUUUGGUCUGUUGCGGAAGAUGAAGCUCUGAUUGGGCUGUACUUGCAGAUCAGUGAGAAUGCUAUUAAAGGUACGAGCCAGAAAGCAACUUCCCUUUGGCGCGAUGUACACGCAGCAUAUCAAAUGGCUCAUGCGGAGAAGCCGCAUAUACUUCCGCCAAGACCUAUGAAGAGUCUGACAUCGCACUGGAGAAGGUUGGCAGCAGACACACUACAAUGGAUAUCUUGCUAUGAUGAAGCGGGUAGACUUCCGGAGGGAGGGAGUGGUUACAACGAAACUGACCAUCCAAAGUGGAGGCCAAAGCUGAGAUGGUCCUUGUCAAAGAAGGAAAGAAAAGUUGUUUGUGAUGUUGAGGAGCAAGGUAGUGCUGGAAGUGGGAAGAGGUCCAGAGAUGAUGGAGGGGAUGAAACCCCUACGGAUGGUUUUUCAUCUGGAGGAAUACAACGACCUAAAGGUGUGAAGAAAGCAAAGGCCAAGCGUAAAGGGAAAGAAGUAGCUUCAGACAGUGGUUCGUCUGAGCUUAGCGAACGAAUGAAGGAAUUCGCAACAAUUCGCGAGAGGGAGGCCAUUCUGAAGGAAGAGCGGAUCAAAAUUGAAAGGGACAAGGAACAGAGGAAAAGGGAGGAACUUGACAUUCAUAAGAUGAAAACCUGGUUUGAUAUGGUGCAAGCUAUGAAGAAUUCGCCUACGCCACUCACUCCUGAAGAAGAGUCGUACAAGAAUUUUUUACUGGGUAAAUUACAGGGCUUUUAA